UUUCUUUCUUUGCUAAAUCCCUCUAUGGUCUCUCAGUGAUUGACUGUAAUCACUAGCUCAAACAUGGCCGGAAGUGUACUGGGGAUGGCAUUUUCUCUUCUGCUCCUUGCCUCUAUUAUCCAAGGUGGCAAUAAUUCUGAGCAGUUUCUUUAUGAAACACUGGAGGCUGAGGUGGGCCAGAACAUCAGUAUACCUUGUGUCAUGAAAGACGAGGCUGAUCGCAAGAUUGUUGGUUUUAAAUGGAUGAAGAAUGGAGGAACAAACCUUGCCGUUUACAUCCCAAUUCAUGGACAGUAUUUGUAUUGGCCUAACGUAACCAUCCAAGUGAAGAGAGAUGAUGUAAAAAAUGUAAUUGGUACAGAGCUUUACCUCCCUUCGGUGAACAAAUGGGACAGUGGGAUCUAUAGUUGUGAGGUCACAAUAUUUGCUUCAGAUUCUUUUACCAUUAAAACGACGUUAACAGUCAAUGAUGAAAUCAAACUAUUGUGCAAUGCCGACAAAGAGUUUGUCCCCUUUGGAGACAAUGUUACAAUCCUAUGCACAGUCAACUCCAAUGCACAGUACAGCUGGACCAAGGACAACAAGCUUGUGUCAGAGAACCAAUCCCUGGAGCUCUGGCAGGUGACAGAAGCCGAUGCAGGAGUGUAUGAGCUGACAGUAAACACAGGAAGCAAAAGCCUGCAUAAAGAGUUUAUUAUCUCCGUGCUGACUACAACCACAAGUUUAACGACGGGUUUCACAAAGCAAACUUAGGGUCCAACUGAUUCACCACACACCAGCGCUCCAAUAACCAGCAGACUUUCAACAGGUUUGGACCACUUUGGACCAAAC